AUGCCUGUUGCUUUGGUCACUGGUGCAUCUCAAGGAAUCGGGCAUGCAAUUGCCUUACGACUUGCAGAAGAUGGGUUUGAUUUAGCUGUGAACGAUAUCGGGGCCCAGAAGGAGAAACUGGACAAGUUGAGGCUUGUAAUCGAGUCUAUGGGGAGACGCUCGAUAAUAGUUGCUGCAGAUAUUUCUGUGGAAGAAGAAGUCAAUGAUAUGAUCUCUAGAGCAGUUGAAGCUCUCGGGAACUUGACGGUUAUGGUGGCCAAUGCCGGUAUCAUGCUCACCAAGACACUUAUGGAUAUUACACCGGAUGAAUGGGAUCGUGUGCAAGCAGUAUGGAAACUCGUCCCUUUCCUUUCCGAGCGUGGCCAGCAGAUGAUCAAACAGGGUGGUGGAGGCAAGAUUAUAGGCGCCUGUUCAAUCUCAGGCUUCCGGCCUGUAUUUACGCCCCAUCCCCGAGAUUUGAGAAGAAUCUUGUCUAACGCUAGACUCACUAGCAACCUACUGCAAUUGCAUAUUCGGUCAGCAAAUGGGCCCGGCGAGAUGUGGGAUGAGAUCGAUGACAAGAUUUCCAACACAAUGGGGAUCCCCAAGGGUCAAGCAUUUCAGCAUGCAGUUGAACAACGAUCUGCUAUGAAGAAGCCAUCAACACCGGAAGAUAUCGCAGGGUGUGUUAGCUUUCUUGCGAGCAAGGACUCGAAUAUGAUUACUGGACAGAGUGUCAUCAUCGAUGGAGGAAUCCAAUUCUGCUAA